AUGGAUCCAGACGCCAGUAUCCCGACCGAACCCGCCCCCUCCGUUUUCAGCUACGUUCUGUCCUUCCUCCUCGUCGGUGUCGCAUGGGGCUUCACAACCCCCUUUAUCCGGCGCGCCGCGGCAGACUUCAAUGCACGACAGGACAAGCUUGCCAACAACUCCAACUCUACGGAGCGCGGCAGGACGCGUACACAGGAAUCGCCGCAGACUGGUUUCACGGAUGCGGGUGAGGAGCAGGAGCUGCUUUCUCGAGGGGAGUUGGAGGACGAUGGGGUGCGGAGACGCAGCACGAGUCGAAGCGACCAGUCCCGCAAGGCGAAGGGAUCUGUCGCAGGACAGCAGGGUGGUGAUGCACAGGGUUCAAGCCGCGAUACCGAGCUGAGAGACGAGGGACAUGAUGAUCUACCCACACCCGCUUGGAGACGCGAGUCUGGCCCGAAACAGUCUUGGCUGCGUACAAAGGUUGUCUCGAUUUUCUGGACUGUUGUCAACCUCCUCCGCACUCCAGCUUACGCCAUUCCGUUGAUCAUCAACCUGACUGGGAGCAUUUGGUUCUUCCUUCUUGUUGGGAAGCAUGAGCUUUCCCUCACCGUCCCUCUUGCAAACUCGAGUGCAUUCCUAUUUACUGUGCUUGGAGAGUGGUAUGUGGAGCGCAAGGUGAUUGCGAAGGAGACAUGGUUGGGCAUGGGCUUGGUGCUGGGAGGUAUUGCAUUGUGUGUUCAUUCAAAGAACCAGGCUUCCUGA